GGAUAUAUUAGUCAUUUAUGUAGUGAGGUUCUUAUACCGUUAUUACGGUAAGCCGUACUUCACGAGGUCAUCCAGCCUGUUGAAGCUCAAACAUCUCAGUCACUGUUGUCAUGGCUUUAAGAAUCUCCGGCUUUCUCCGUCAGAGAAUCUACACGUCGGCUGUGUUGGGUGGAGCAGUCCGAGCUCGUCUGAAAAGCUCCUGUCCGGUUCAGAUCAGCCAUCUUGAUCAUCUCGUGCUGACGGUUCGGGAUGUGAAAAGAAGCACGGAUUUCUAUUCCUCAGUCUUGGGAAUGGGUGUAGUUACAUUUAAGGGAAACCGUAAAGCAUUGAGCUUUGGAAAGCAGAAAUUCAACCUACAUGAGGCUGGGAAAGAGUUUGAGCCAAAAGCCAAUAAUCCUGUGCCAGGCUCAGCAGAUCUUUGUCUCAUCACGAAGACCCCACUAGAAAAAGUCACUUCCCAUUUGAAGGAAUGUGGUGUAAAGAUCGAGGAAGGACCAGUGGAGAGGACAGGGGGGGUCGGCCCCAUCAAGUCUUUGUAUUUCCGAGACCCUGACCACAACCUGAUAGAAGUUUCCAACUAUAGCAACUAAGACUUGUAAAACAGCAGGCAAAUUGUGGAGGAAUCUGCCAUUUGUCUGUUACUCGAGUGAUUGUAACACCUGGACCAAAAUAAACAAUAGAAUUGUGAAAAUACAAAACUGUAAAACUUAGAAUAUUUUACUGUAAAUAUAGAAGAUAUAGACAUAUAUAUAUGUUUUUGAAAAUUUAUGUUCUGGAAAUAUCAUUACAUUUGACUACGUAAUUGUACAGCAACUGUUUAAAAUAUUGACAGCAAUCUGAGGUCUUCAACUACAACUGAUCCAAAAACUUUUAUUUACCUAUUUAACCUUGUGUCACUAUUUUGAGCUGUGAAUCAACCUUUUUCAUGUAAAACACAUAAAGUCAGUGUAUAAAGUGUUUUUCUUUAGCUUCAGUACUGAGAGUCACUAUUUUAGAUUCAGUAUGAAACUGGUUGUAGGAAAUAAUUUUCCAGUUCAUUCAUCCAGUGUUUGAUAAAACUGGAAAAGGAAUAUUUUGGACUAUUUAAGGCUUCCUCUUGGGGGCACUGUGGCUUGGUGGUUCCCUGUACAUCGGUGGUUUCCUCUUGGUACUCUGGUUUCCUCCCCCAGCCCAAAGACAUGCGUUGUUGGAUGAUUGGCAUCUCUAACAGGGAUAGACUUCAGUUAUUUAGUAUAAGCAGUGUACAGAAUGGAUGGAAGAAUUUAGUACCCUCUAUUGUUAGUUUAAUGGAUUUCAUUUAACUCACAUCACACAGAUGACUUUGUUAAAUGUUUAUUUAUCAGAAUUAAACAGCAGCCCUUCUGACUACCAUUAUAAGCAAAAGGUCGAGAGGAUAUGGGAGUCACACAAAGAAAGGAAAUCUAUUUCAACCUCAUGGGGGAGCUUUUUGUUUCUUAAAAGCCUAAUUAUUUUUAUAUUAUUUAAUACACCUUUACGUAUUUCUAAUGGCAAAAGUCAUAUACGGCUUUAUGUGCAUUUAAA